AUGCGCCUUUCAAUCCUUUCCGCUUUCCUCAUGGCUGGUGUCUCAAUGGCCCAGGGAGACAUCGCUGCGCUCCUCGCCUCUCAGCCCGAUCUCAGCACGCUGCUGGAACUCGUCAGUCUCGUACCCGGACUUGCAGAUACUCUCGCCUCAUCCUCCAACAUCACAAUCGUGGCUCCCACGAACCAAGCGUUUGCCAACGUGCCCCGCGAUGUCCCUGAAGGCGAAGCCAUCGAGUACCGCAACAACACCAUUGCCAUCGGGGCACUCCUUGCAAACCACGUAUUCAAAGGGGUGUAUCCGUCCAACGUGAUCACCGAUGUUCCAACCUUCGCCCAGACCUUGCUCGAUAUCUCAUACAUCGACUACAGACAGCCUUUCUCCAACUUCACUGGCGGUGCGUACAACGGACUUGUGAAGAAUGGAGAGGAUGUUUGUAUCUUGUCUGGAGAGCAGACCAUUUCUACUGUCACUCAGGCUGACAUCAAACUUGGAGAGGGUAUCACGAUCCACAAAAUCGACACUGUCCUCUCAUUCGGCGCUCCCUUCCAGCUCUUCACCUUCCGAGCGGGCUACCUCGCCAUGAACGCGGCGUUGGAAGCCGCGCACCUGAACUUCGCAUUCGGUGAGACUGGAGCCGACGAGCAGGGCCUGAACAUCUCUGACUACACCAUCUUUGUGCCUACCGACGAGGCCUUCAAGUCAAUUGGCUCUGUGCUUGAGACCGCUAGCCUUGAGACGCUUCAGGAGGUUCUUCGCUACCACAUCAUUCCCAACAAUGUCAUCUUCUCGCCGUCCCUGGGCAAUGUCACCGUUACAUCUCUUCAAGGAACCAACCUCACUUUCACGGUUUUGCCCGAUGGUUCAGCCUGGGUCAACAACGCAAGAAUCACCUUCCCCAACACAAUUCUGUUCAACGGUGUCGCCCACGUCAUUGAUAGUGUUUUGAGCCCUGGAAACUUCGACAGGUCUUCCCUGAAGCCGGCAUCGCCGGCAUCUGAGCGAGUUGCCUUCUCCGGCGCAUCCUCAGUUUCAAGCCUGCCCUUCACGAGUGUCUCCUUCGCGACGGACAUGAUGGCCUUCACAGCGACACCCAGUCUGCUUAAGACAGUUGCUGCCGUCGCUACCGCUACCGCUACUGGUGCUGCCAGUGCCAGUGCCACCGCCACGACUUCUGGCAGGCCCACUACGGUGCCAACCAACGGCGGUAGCAACUUGUUCCCCGGCAUGAUCUUGGCCCUUUCUGUCGCUAUCGGAUUUGCCGCAUUCCUCAUUUAA